AUGACUGAUUGGGCUACACAAAAUCGUCUUUAUCCACCUGGUUAUCACACAACCGACACUCGUUAUCGACGCACUAGUAUUGACUCUUCGUUACCAUUUUCAAUAGCAUCAAACAAAAGACACAGUUGUCGCAUAAAAACAAAACAGUUGAAAAAGUCUAAUGAAAAUGAGGUGUUGACUGGCAGUCUUCGUCGUGGUCUUAGUCAAGCUUUUCAUUUUUAUGAUAGUAUAUCUGCUGAGAACAACGAUGACAGGAACCCGAAAUUGCUUGCUACUUAUGCUUCAAAUCUAAAUUGGCCUCGUUCAGUAUGCUGUUUGUCUGGCAGUGAUGGUUCGUUGAUUGUUUGCGAACAAGAUCGAUGUCGUCUUCUUCUUUUUACUUCUCAAUUGAUGCUUCGUUCAACUUGUGGUGGAAAGCAAGGCAAUGAUCUUUAUGAAUUCGAUUCUCCAUGGAGCGUAGCUUCAUUCAUUGAUGACUCAUCAUCAAAAGUAUUAGUGGCUGAUACAAAUAAUCGACGAGUACAAUGUUUUUCAAUUGGUUUUCAUGGAGAGUUUAUGUAUAAACAUACAUUUGUCACAAAAGAAAAGCCUUACUUCGUUGGUACAAGUAAUGAACAUUUUGCAAUAUCAUGUGAAAAAAGUCUCAUUUUAACUUUUCUAAUUAAAAAAAGAAAACAAUUAGCAACAAUUGAUUUGAAUAGAACAUCAAUACAACCAAAUUUAAGUCAAAUUGCUCUUCCAUUUUGUAUGGAUUCGGAAAAUAGUUUUCUUUUUUUCAGCAAUUCUACUUCUUCGAUUAGCAUGAUUCAUCAAUUAACAAUAACCGGCGAAUAUCUUCGUUCUAUUAAACUUGAUCAUUAUCCUUUUCUUCGUAUAUCGUCUCUUGCAUUUGAUAAUUAUGACCAACAGUUAAUUAUUGUUGACUCAUUUAAUUCAGUUAUUUAUUCUGUUGAACACGAUUUAGAUGAAGAUAAUGUUAUACUCUUAUUGAAACAUUCCGAUAGCUUAAAUGCUCCACAAUCAUUAUGUAUCGGCAAUGAAGGUCAUUUAAUUGUCGUUGAAUGUAGUGUUACAACGCAACAUACUCUAAAAAUAUUUCGAUAUCACCCAUGUUCAUGUCAUUCUCGUGUGACAACAUCUAGUGUCAAAACAAGUGAAACAACCAGUGUUCGAUCCUUUAUUUUUCCCUAUUAA